AUUAUAUUGGCGGCCGAGUGGAGAUAUCGUCAUGUCACGGGCUAAAGUUUCCUACCUCAUUCGUAGCCCAUCUUUGAAUUGUAGUGGAAGUGGGGUUAAAUACGUUGCCAAAAGGGGCUAUGCAGUUUAGAAUUAAUUAAAAAAUCAUAAGAACGUCCCGAGUCUUCACACAACCCCGUCAUGCCCACCAAACUGAUAUUCCGCAGCGGGCUGACCAAGUCGGAUCCACAUCGCAACCCAGUGCUGAUUGUGGGCCAGGCGAAACAUCUGUCUCAGCUCAAAUUCGACGACGUCCGUGCCAAACUCGAACCCCGAGUUACUGAGGAGGUAUUUCGGGUGGCGGUGGCCGGCCUGCACCCAUCGCCGACCGAUAGUUGCUCAUUGUACUUGAAUUUGGCUACCGUCGCCGCGUUGCCAGUCAAGUGCAGCAGACACAAUGCGCCUUCGAGGGCGCACGCCCUCACCCGCCUUGUUCAGGUUUGCACGGUCGGCGUCGAUGAAAGCGUUGUGGUCGUCUGUGAACGUAAAGAUGUGUACGCAAGCGCUUGCGCAGUAGCGAGGGCCUUUCCUCAAUACUCGAAGAAAACCUCGUCUGCGAAUAGUGACGAAAGCGUGACUGUUUAUGUAGAGUUCUUAAUUGUUUCUACCAAUUCUCCUUGCGAAAACGGUGAAAUAUCGGAACUGACAGAAGAAGAGGUCAAUGCAUUGGAGAAUGCGGCCACGGGUAUUCGAUUGGCAGCACGUAUAGUUGAUACACCAUGCAACGAGAUGAACGUAGACCAUUUCCUGGACGAAGUCAGGGCGGUGGGCGGUUCGCUGGGUAUCGUGCCGACGAUUAUCAGGGGCGAAGAACUGGCCGCCAAAGGUUUCGGCGGUAUCUAUGGGGUAGGAAAGGCGGCCACGGUACCGCCGGCGCUUGCCGUUUUGAGUCAUACACCCGAGUCGGCACACGUGACCGUUGCUUGGGUCGGAAAAGGAAUUGUAUAUGAUACGGGUGGGCUCAGUAUUAAGGGAAAGACUGCCAUGCCAGGAAUGAAGAGAGACUGUGGUGGAGCAGCAGGAAUUUUAGGUGCCUUUUAUGCUGCCGUUAAAGCGAAUUUUAGCCAGAACUUGCACGCCGUUUUCUGUUUGGCCGAAAACGCAGUGGGUCCAAAAGCAACCAGACCCGAUGAUAUUCAUGUUCUGUACUCGGGCAGAACCGUGGAAAUUAACAACACCGACGCUGAAGGAAGACUCGUUCUCGCCGACGGUGUCGCAUACGCCCUCAGGGACUUAAAGGCCAACAUAAUACUCGAUAUGGCAACACUCACUGGAGCCCAGGGUAUCGCGACAGGUAAGUACCACGCAGCCGUGCUAACCAACAACGAAGACUGGGAAACUAAAUGUGUGUUGGCGGGAAAAUCGUCUGGUGAUUUGGUGUUUCCGAUCCCCUAUUGUCCCGAAAUGCACUUUUCCGAAUUUUCGUCCGCCGUCGCCGAUAUGAAGAAUUCGGUAGCGGAUCGGGGAAAUGCGCAGCCCAGCUGUGCUGGACUAUUCGUCGCCGCCCAUCUGGGAUUCGACUAUCCAGGCGCGUGGAUUCAUGUAGAUAUGGCCAGUCCUGUACAUAAUGGAGAAAGAGCUACUGGUUAUGGAGUUGCACUUUUAACAACAUUAUUUGGAAAUUUCUGCAACCAUUCUCUCCUUCAAUCCAUAUGUCCUGAGGCAGAAGUACCAGAUGAAAACAUUGCUAAGAAACCCAGAAUCAAUUAAGUGAUCAAUUGUGAGAUUUACAUAAAUGCUUUUUUCUACAUUGUCAUUAUACUUUAUUAUUAAAACAAUUAAAUAAAAUUUUAUAUACGUA